AUGACUCGCCAACGGGCAGAGAAGCCACUCUUUCAUUAUUUCUCUCUUUCCACCCCCAACAACUCAGUCCGCAAAACCAUGUCUCCCAUUCAGGAACCCAGCGUUCCCGCUCUCACAGAAAUGGAUCAAAGGGGGGACGUUGUCUUCGUCGUCGGAACGGCAGUCGACAACACCCCUGCCCGGAGCUUCCGCGUCUGUUCCCGGACGAUGGCACGCAUCUCCCCCGUCUUUGACCGCAUGCUACACGGCAGCUUUGCCGAGUCUAAACCGACAGCACCGAGCUCCGAUCUCAUCAGCCUUUCAUCAUCCGGAAUCAACGGAACGACGACAUCGCCGGCAAAAGAUUGGAUCGUCCACCUUCGCGACGACAGGCCCGAUUCUUUUGACCUCCUCGCGAGCAUCGCUCACAGCCAGUUCCAGAGAAUACCGCGAGCCUUGUCGAUUGCUAAGCUUUACGAGUUGACGGUACUGACGCACUACUAUGAUGCAACUCCCGUAUUGUCGCCUUGGCUACAGACGUGGGUUUCGGGCAUCGCAGAGUCACCAGAAACGACUAGUAGUAGCAUCGCCGGACCCGAGGGAGAGCUUUUGAUGCCCAAAUUACUGUGGAUUUCGUGGGAGUUGGGCCAUAAACAGCUCUUUGAGUCGACAGCACGGCGAAUGGUAAUGGAGAGUAGUGGUAAUUUGUUCGGUGACGAGAGCGGGCUUGGCGAUUUGAGUAUGCCGCCGGACGUCAUCGAACGAAUCGCUGCCAUCAGGACGCAGACAAUCCAGUCUAUUAUAGACGUCUUUAGCACUCUGGCUGUUAGUAUCCCUAUUACAGGGUAG